AUGAGUUUUUCGAAAUUCUGGACUGAAAAACUUGUGAAAAUUUAUAUAAUUAUUGUAUUUAUUAUCUCGAUUUUAUCCUGUAUUCCAACAUAUUUAGAAACUCCAGAAGAUGUGGUAAAAUUAACAAAUAUUUCAAAUUAUCAAGCAACUCAGCGUUUAAUUUUAUCAGCAGAUAUUGUAUUUUGUGAUGUUUUCUCAAUAAUUCUCACAGGUUUAACAAUCUAUAGAAUUCGACAUUUCGCAACUUCUCACGAGAAAAAAUUGAUAAUUGUAACUGCAUCUCAUACAGUUAUUGCAAUUGUGGUUUUUCUUUAUCAAGUUACCAAAACUUUAAAUCUAAAAGAUCCAAUUUCAUUAUUUUUGGCCAAAUAUCGAACUAUUUUAGCCUAUAUUUUCAUUUGCACUAAUUUCGGGACUAUUUUGAUCGCUGAUUCGAGAAUUAGGAUGGAUUUUUUGGCGAUUUUUGGGAAGAAGAAAACAGAGCCGAUGUUUAUUGUAAGAUCUACAACGAAUAAUUGA